ACGGUGACAAUUCAACUUAAAUCCAAUUUAGACCUAGAGACAAAGGACAAUAUUGUCAAGGGUUUAUCCGCUAUACCGAGGGGCUCUACAAUAUGUCAGUUAAAUUUCUUUGAUUAAAAUCCCAUUUAACAUGGAUGAUGGCAUCUCUACUCUCUGGGAAACCUACCAAACGUUUGCUUGUUUUAUGGUUAUGUUCACAAAACAUGUGCGCUGCUAUUUAACCGCGUUGCUAGAUCAAAACAACUCUAUACCCACCAGCGUCCUGUCUUACCGGUGGCGCUGCCUCUGGAAGGAGCUCCCGGUCUUGGACUUUGACAAUGAUAAGCAUGGAGGAGAUGACCUUCAACCAGCAAGUGAUGAAGUGAUAUCUCGUGGAAUCACUGGCCUCAAGCUUUAUAUGGUGUCCCCUUUUUUGGUAUCAUUGAAAUCAUGGAUUUCAUCACAUCCACCUCCUACGGCUCCAAGGCCUGAUUUGCCCCUUAAAAGAAUUUGCGUGUGGAAAGCAAAGCAUAGUUCUACAGGGAGUAGCUCAACAUUCAUGGAUAGCCAGCCCACAAAGCCUGAAAAUGAAUCUCAAAAUCUUGAUAUAGGGCCUGGCAGGAGCUUCAGGAAUUUCAGAUUUGAUACGUCAUCGAUCUUACAAGCCAUGGAAACAGCAUUUUCUUCUUGAAGGUCCAGCAACAUUCCUGUAAAGUCCCUCCGUGUAACUGAAUUGGAUGCCACCAUUUUCACUUUUAUGUCAGAAGUCGGUAGUGAUCAAAUUAGGUAGCUGUACAUGAUGUUUCUCAGAUUAUAUCAGGUUGAGUAAUUUGUACAUUGUGUACAUGAAUCGUUUGUGGGCCUAAACAGUAUUCUCAGUUAGUGUGGAUUUAUUAGUUAUUUACAAAAAAAGGUUCCGGCAGACCGAAA